AUGCUGGCCGCACGCUGUCAUUUCUGGUGCGAUCCCUGGAACAUCAUGGACUUGUGCCUGGGAUCUGCAGUUUGGUACACCUGUAGUGACGACUUUGUGGCCACUGACAUAGACCAACGUUUGAAGGACGUUGGCUAUCCUUUAAGGUUUGUGGUUGUUGCCUGGGCAGUUGACACGGCGACCUCAGCGUCGCUGCCGGUGGACCCCAUGUUGCUGCGCUUGUUGCGAUUGAUAAAGCUCUUCCGUUUACUGCGACUCAUAAGGAAAGUCAAAGGCUUUGAUUCGUUGUACAUUAUGGUGACCUCCAUCAAAGCGAGUUUCUCUGCUCUGUUGUGGUCAACGGUGUUGCUCUUUGCAGUUCUAGCGACCAUCGCAUUGGUGUUAACCACUUUGGUGGAUGUUUAUUUGAACAACGACAGCAAUCCUUUGGAGGGACGAUUGCGUGUCUUCGAAUACUACGGAACCUUUACACGUUGCUCAUUGACGUUGCUGGAACUGACUCUAGCCAAUUGGGUUCCAGCCUCACGGGUGCUGACAGAAGAUGUCAGUGAGUUCUACACCAUCUUCGUCCUCACCUUUCAAGCGUCCAUGGGAUUUUCGGUGGUCAAAGUCAUCAUGGGAGUGUUUCUUCAGAACACCUUCUCCGUUGCCGCCAACGAUGAUGUGAUUAUGAUGAACUCCAAAGAUCGAGCGCUUCAAACGCACAAGUUGAAGAUGUCCAUCCUUUUCAGCGCAGCUGACAUCAAUGGCGAUGGACGACUAGACUCGGAGGAGUUUGCAGAUAUCCUGGCGGACCCUAUGGUGUCGCGCUGGCUCAGCGCUAUGGGUUUUGACACAUCCAUCAUGGGAUCGGAGGACACUUGGUGGUCGGACCACCGCGGUGCAUUGGGGGUACCUUUUUGUGAUGGGAAGUCGACAUGA